GAUGAAGUCAGGGAUCGGAUCUCAAGGUUUUUAUAUCAACGUGACAGAGUACUUUCAGUCCAACUAAUGAUCAUUCUCAUCGACUUCGGACUAUACCAUGGAGCAAAAGUUAUAUUGGCGACUCCAUUUGUGCUUGCAUUCUUGAUAUAUAAGUGGCGUAGGAGACAUUUAUCAAUGUAUAACGCUGUUGAAGAAUUUUUGCAAAAACACAAUGACCUCAUGCCAAUAAGGUACUCUUACUCAGAAGUAAAGAAGAUGACCAAAGGUUUUAAGGAUAAAUUGGGUGAAGGUGGUUAUGGCACUGUCUUUAAGGGAACACUUCGAAGUGGCCAACUUGUAGGCGUAAAAAUGUUAGGAAAAUCCAAAGCUAAUGGCCAAGAAUUUAUCAGCGAAGUUGCAACCAUUGGAACGAUUCACCAUGUUAAUAUAGUGCAACUCAUUGGCUUUUGCGUUGAAGGAUCAAAGCGUGCUCUUGUGUAUGAAUUCAUGUCCAAUGGAUCUCUCAAUAAAUACAUUUUUUCACAAGAAGGAAGUAUUCUUCUAAGCUUUGAAAAAAUGCUUGACAUUGCUCUUGGAGUAGCUCGUGGCAUUAAAUAUUUACACGAAGGUUGUGAAAUGCAAAUUUUGCAUUUCGAUAUCAAGCCUCACAACAUUCUUCUCGACGAGAAUUUUACACCUAAGGUCUCAGACUUUGGCUUGGCAAGACUUUUUUCAGCAGAUGAUAGCAUCGUUUCUUUGACUGCUGUAAGGGGGACAUUAGGAUACAUGGCUCCUGAGUUGUGCUAUCAAAAUAUUGGGGGCAUCUCAUACAAAGCUGAUGUUUAUAGUUUUGGAAUGUUAUUGAUGGACAUGACAGGUAGACGAAGGAACUUGAAUACAUUUGCAGAUCAAUCUAGUGAAACCUACUUCCCUACUUGUGUCUAUGACCAAUUGCACAAUGAAAAUGGCAUAGAAAUAGAAGAUGCCACAAAGGAGGAAAAGAAAAUGACUAAAAAGAUGAUCAUAGUUGCGUUAUGGUGUAUACAAAUGAAGCCUAAUGAUCGUCCUUCAAUGAAAAAAGUCAUAGAAAUGCUUGAAGGAGAUAUUGAAUGUUUACAAAUACCUCCGAAACCUUUCUUGUCAUUAUCAGAGAGAUACAUACAACCGGACAUUGAAGAAAGUUCAAAUCAGUCUUGGUCAUCAAUUCAAUCAAGCGAAUCAAGUCAGUAUACACAAUCGCCAAUGCAAUUUAAAUGAUAUGUCAGUUUGUUGAUUUGCCUGCAA